AUGUCAGAAUACAACAACAUCGUUAUCAUCGGAGCCUCUCAUGCGGGUCAAGGACUGGCCAACUACCUUUCACCCGAGUUACCCACUACACACCGAAUUAUCCUCAUCGAUGCGUUAGAUUACGCUUUCUGGCCCAUCGCAGCUCUGAGAGCUGCCGUCGUUCCAGGAUGGGAAAAGAAGAUCACUGCACCUCUCAGCCAAGAGACAGUCUUUCCUUCUGGAUCGAUCCAUCGCGUUGUAGCUCCCAACAAGGUGCUCGACCUCAAAGCAAAUUCAGUAGUUCUAGAAAACCCUUUUGAAGGUUCAAACGAAGUCCCUUUCUUCAAAUGUAUCCUCGCUACUGGUGCUCAGCAGCCCUCUCCUAUGAGACCCGCUGUCGACUCCUCAAGAAAAGAAUACGAGGAAGCUCUCAUCAAGACUCAGGGUGAAAUAAAAAACGCAAGUAAGAUCGUUGUGGUCGGUGGCGGUGCAGUCGGUCUCGAGAUUGCAGGGGAGAUCCGAUCUGCUCAUCCCGAUAAGGCUAUCACCGUUGUUCAUUCUUCCUCUCACGUCUUGAACCCUACAGCCAACGCUCCCGAUCCAAAUGGAAAAGCUCAUUCAUACUCUUCUCCACCUACUGCACCCAAAUUAUCAGUAACAUUAGAAAAGGUUUUGAAGGAAAUGCAAAUUGACGUUAUACUUUCUGAUAAGGUUCAGAUCCCAGCUUCUCAGAGUUCUCCCGAAGAUUGGUCAGGUUCAUUUGGCGCUCAAGAUGGUGUCAAGGAAAUCAAAUUGGAAAGUGGGAAAUCAUUGGAAGCAGAUUAUGUCUUUGUUAGUGUUGGAAAUAAACCGAACGUAUCUUUAGUAGAGAAAGUCGAUCAAGGCGCCGUAGUAUCUGGAUUAGUCAACGUUGAUGACUAUCUUAGAGUAAGAUCAGAUACUCCCAACUCUAUCCUCACCCAAAACUACUACGCUAUAGGUGAUUGCUGCUCGACACCAGGUUGGAAAACUGCCAUGGGAGCAGAUCAAGAUGCUAAAGGUUGCUCUAUCAUCAUUGCUAACGAAGCUAAGGGUAAAGCAAACAAGAAAUACGUUAGACCAGCUUUAGCAGCGAUGAUGAUCCCCUUGGGUCCUGCUAGAGGUGCAGGUACUUUGACCUUCCCUUUAGUGGGAACAUGGCAAACACCUCAAGCAAUGGUUAAAGCAGCCAAAGGAGCGAAUCUAUUACUUGAUCAAUUAUUCUAUCCCAGAUUCAAGGGACAAACAAAGGUCACAGGGGGUAUGUAA